UGUUGUUAAUCUUUUGCAGUAUUUUAUUCGUCUUGAAUUGAACUGUCCUAGUAUUUUUGUCAGUGACAGGAUGUAUUGGGUGUUUCUGGGAUUGCUUGGUUCCGCCGUUGCGGCGCAGAAUUCUUAUGACUUAGAAACCAGAGCUGUUUCGUUUCCCGGAAAGCCAAGUAGCUUAGGACCACUUUACUCGCCUGGCUUAAGUUCGGCCCAGGGAUUCCGUGAUAACAGUUACGAGGAUAACGCAGUGACUCCCACGCCGUCGCCGACGCCAAUCUAUAGGAAUUCUAAUCAACAACCGUUGUAUCGCAAACCAACGGCGACACCGAUAGACACUCGCGAUUAUACUCAGGCCAUCCGCGUUGGUUCUUCAUCGCGUGCUUCCAUUCGAGGUCCGCAGUCCCAAUUCGGUCCCGACGGACCCACUAAGGAAGAGCUCGAGGAAGAGAAGGAGGAACCUGAUCGUCUUAGCCUUCUUCUACCCCAAAGCAGAUUCGACUGUGUCAAUAAGCAAACUGGCUACUACGCUGACGAAGACCUCAACUGCGAGGUCUUCCAUUACUGUCAAGACAACGCCAAGCACUCGUGGAUCUGUCCCGAAGGCUUCACUUUCCACCAGGUACAUCUAAUCUGCAUGCCACCCAGCGGUGACAUCAGUUGUCAGAAGAGCUCGCAGUAUCAUUUCGUCAAUGAGUACUUGUAUAAACCUCUGAAUCUCCAAGAAGCCGAGACCAAGCCCAACGUCACUUUAAGAUACAGCGAGAGGUAUUAUCCCUCUGAUAUUUACACGGAUGAAAGGGAAGUUGGUGAUUACCAAAUCACCCCUACACCCGCCCCAGUGCGUCGUCCUGCACCGCAGGUCCUUGUGAGUCCACAGCCAAGUUUGAACAGCAUCCCUACGUCGGUCCGUCCACUGCCUACAGAACUCCCACAGUAUCGUCUCCCGAUAAAUCAGGUAUUCCGCAGCCCCGAAGAAGUUAACAUCCCCCUUCAGCACAGACGACCGCAACAGCAACAGCACCAGGUUCUCAGACGGUUUCCUCAAGUUCAAGUCCGACCCGAUGAAGAGGAUUAUGAAUAGAUUCUUAGAUCCAUGAAUUCUUCAGUUUACUUAAAAAUUAUUCCGUCUCUUCCUCAAUUGAAUAUUCAUUUUGCGAAACCAAUCAAGCAUCGCAUUUGAC